CAGGGACCCCGGACAGUGCUGAGCCCUGGGAUGCCUGUGAUGCCAAAGUGGUGAGCCCAGAGAAGGGGAACCUGCGGGAUUGCCAGGAGCCCCAGCAGCCCAGAGAGGGGAACACCAAUACAAACCUGACCCACAGCAACCCAGACAGGGGGGCCUCCAGGAGCCCAAAGUAGAGAGACCAGAGAGGGGAAAUCCAGGGUUGGGUGUUUUUGCUGAAUCUUGGUCAUUUGUGUAUUUUGGGAGACCAAAUCUUGGUGUUUUGGAGGUUUACAUGGGCACCAGAUUCCCAGUGACUUCUAGAGUGUGGAGGCAGAGGGGCCCAACACUGGAACUGCAAUACCUCAGGGCAAAGGUGACCAGGGUCAGAGAGAGACACCCCUCUGAGGACAAUGCUCUCACCAUCAGCAUUUGCAGGCUCAUGUGAAUGCAGCAGGCUUCAUUGGUAUCACCCAGUCCAGCUGCUCUUUUUUCCUUAUAUGUACUCCCCUAGAAUGUUCUCCCCUCUCUUGUACCCCAUUGGUCCUGGUUUACUGCAAUGCUCCGCCCCUGUUACCUCAUUGGUUCCCCAGUUGGCUGCCCCUCCUCUGCACCACCUGUGCUCAGUUCCCAUUGGCCCUUGGCCCUCAGACCCGCCCCUUUCCCCCCUUAUCAAACCCUGUGUCCUCAGCCCCAUUUUGUCUCUGUGCCUGGACCCUCUGCAUUGCAAUGAGCUGAGUUUGGAGCUGUGCACACAGACCUGCCUCUGGCCUUGUCCAUCAGCAGGUUAAGCAAGCGUGCUCCGGGCCCUGGGAGUGCAGGAUUUCUCAUUCCCAAACCCUGGCCGGAUGGAGGAGGAGGCUGUGAGGAAGAGGAAGAAGCCCCGGGACACGCAGGCAGACAAGGAGCUGAGGAUGGAGAGCAGGGAGGACAAAUCCCCACAGAAGAACCUUAUGGAAGAGGCUGUUCUGAGCAGCUCGACGGCCCAGGAAUCCAACAGAGAGGGAAAGCUCCAGAGAUCCCACAGGAGAAGGGGCUCCAAACCCAGCUCAGGGUGCUCUGCGGAGGAAAGCCCCACCCUGUGCCAAGAAGGUGGACAGAGCUUCAGCCAGAGCUCAGAGCUGGUGAUGCAGGAGCAGCCUCAUGAUGGGGAGAAGCAAUACAAGUGUUUGGAGUGUGGGAAGAGCUUCAGGCAGAGCAGCACCCUGAUCCGCCACCAGAUGAUCCACACUGGGGAAUGGGCCUACGAGUGUGGGGAGUGUGGGAAGGGCUUGAGGUGCAGCUCAGAACUCAUCACCCACCAACGCAUCCACACUGGGGAGAGGCCCUACGAGUGUGCCCAGUGUUGGAAGAGGUUUCACACCAGCUCCAGUCUCCUCAUACAUGAGCGGAUUCACACAGAUGAGAGGCCCUUCUGCUGCCCCGACUGCGGGAAGGGCUUCAAGUACAUCUCCCAUCUCGUCAGGCACCGGCGCAUCCACACUGGGGAGAGGCCCUACGAGUGUCCCCAGUGUGCGAAGAGUUUCACCCAGAGCUCUGACUUGAAGAGACACCUACGGAAGCACCGGUAAGGCAAGCCCUGCAAAUGUCGCUGAGGGGAGAGCUUCGUGCCUGGCUCCAGCUUCAUACCCAAUUGGAGGACCCAUGUUGGGAAGAGACCUGUGAUCCAUGUUCAUUGUAAUCCAUGCUGGGAAGACACCUGUCCCUUUUCCUACCCCUGCCAAUGACCUGAUGCAGGAUUGAAGAACAUGGGGGUCUGGCAAGGGCCGUAUCAUUGCAUUUAUGCUCUCCUCAGGUCAUUGCCAGCAGCAGGAAAGGGUCUCUCUCUCUCCCCGAGGAGAAGGGUGUCCUUCCCAGGCCGGAGGAAAUAUGUGGCCAGGAUGAUCCAGUGAGUUGUGUUUUGGUUUUCCCUGUAAAUAGUUUUUCUUUUCCCUUCUGUUACCAGUAUUGUUUCUGUUCUUGUUUGUUCUUUAUCUUGUUGCUGUUCCCAGUAAAUUGUUCUUAUCCCUGCCAGGGAUCCUUGAUUUUUGUGAUUUCCAUGGAAGGCAGGAUGACAGCAAGCAGCAGCGCGGUUUUAGCAGGAGCAGGAAAUUGGGGAAUCCCAUUUCUGAACCCCGGCCCGUGGAAACCGAGCAUC